AUGAGUGCGGAUUACGCACUUUGUGAACUAGCAGUGGUGUCAUUACAGGACAGCGAACAUGAACCGGCCAGUUCAGGUGACCAAAACACGUCGGACUUUCCACCAAGACUAACCGAAGACGCAUUAUGGCGCAAGUUUCAGUACACCAACGGAACAUCGAAUGGAAAUUCUUCUACAGACUCGAGCAUAAAUGAAGUAAAACUGUGCCCAGAACAUGAUCUGGUCCUGGAUCGGUACUGUGGUACAGAAGGUAAAGCGGUUUGUUCAAUGUGCGUUGAUGAAGGAACUUGUAGGAACCACACGGUCACAAAGCUGGAGGAGAAAGCUACUGCGGCCAGGAACAAGUUGGUGGACAUCUGUGAGAAAAUGCAGCUGCAGGCUCUGCGGAUAGAACGCUUCAUAAAACACACCCUGACUGCAAAGGAGAAAAACAUGCAGGCGGAGGCGAGUAGUGCCCGUGAACGCAUCGUGGCUCAGGUAAACACUAUACGUGAGGCUCUGGAGGAGGAAGAGCAGCGUCUGCUGGAGGCCGUGCAGCGGGAGGAAGAACGGAUAGAGCAGUGCCUCCUUACACAGCAGGCACACUGGAGCCAGGCUCUCAACACCCUCACACAUGCCCGCACCAGCCUGGUGCACACGCUCACAGACUCGACAGACGCCAUGCUUGUGAGCUCCAACCAGGAAAUACUGGCCAGAAUUGAGGAAGCAGAAGGAGUCAGUGACCCGAAAGACACCGAGCAACUGAACAUGAACAGAGACUGCAGUGACAGUAAACUCUUGUUGGGGCUCUGGGCUAGUGCUCUCCUGCUGGGACCGACCGGUCAUGGAUCAGGCACACUGUACUUUGACGAGCGCACCAUCAGCCCACUUCUCUUGCUGUCUUCCGAUCGUCGGACCCUCAAUUUCCUUUCUAAACGCCGGCGUCAGUCAGUACAGUACGACCCAGCUCGUUUCGACAGCUGGCCCAACGCUCUCUGCUGCGACCCCAUCUCUUCAGGCACGCAUGCCUGGGUGCUGGAUGUGGGCAACAGCGAAGCCUUUAAGGUGGGAGUCUGCUACGCCAGCAUGGAACGUAAGGGCUCAGACAACAGCUCCCGUUUGGGCUACAAUGCCAAGUCUUGGGUGCUCUCGCACUACGAUGGGGAUUUCUCCUUCUGCCAUAAUGGGCAGAAUAUAAACUUAUCGGUAGUGAAGAGCCCUACGAAGGUGGGCGUGCUGGUGGACUGGACCAAGCACACACUGCUUUUCUUUGAUCCAGACUCGAAUUGUGUGCUACACUCUGUCAGACAGGCUUUUUCGGAGCCACUGCUGGCAGCCUGUGCCGUCGCGGAUCAGAGUAUGACUAUCGUUCACUAAGCUGCUGCUGGAAAACCAAGGAAUUUA